AUGACUGUCGGCGCACCUGCAGUGGAUCCGCUCACCAUCCUUCCUCCAGAGAUUGUCCUCCAAAUCCUAGAAUUCGCACCCGUCUCGGCCCUCGCGUCCCUCACUGCUACCUCGAAGGCCUGGCAUCAGUUUAUCGACGUCACCCACCAAGAAGCUAUCUACACUUCCGAUACCAAGACCUCACAACCUCUUGGAGGCGCCCGGGACUUCUCGUUCCUCUCGGAUACGCACAGUUUCGCCAAAGUAUUUCAGAACACAGAGUCAUGGAAGGAUCUAUGCAAGCGCCAGACGCUCCUCGCUCGCAAUUGGGCCGAUACACAUCCAGUGAGCCAGGAGUCUGUGCUCCAAGUUGGCAAUGAUCCUGUUUGGCGGUUCAAAGCUGAUUUUAAGCGCCGAUUCUUCGUUUCCACCUCUCACGCCGGAGGAUUGAACGUCACUGAUAUGGACACGGGCGAUAUCUUGUGGAGACUUCCCUCGGUGCUGGAUACCGAUGGCGAUGCGGUUCGCCCAUACGCUCACUUGGAGUAUCAGGAUGGAAUGGCUGUAUUUGACAGCGAAGGAGAUUCCGUGGAGGUCUGGCAAGCGGACCAAGAAGGCGCCAAGCGCGGAGAGUUCCGCCGUAUUGCGAUCUUAAACCACGAUUGCCAGACCAGAGGCUUCCAGUUGUCUCACUGGAAUCUUUGUGUUGUGUCUAACAAGGGACAGGGCUUCGUCUACGAUAUGACGCAGCGGCCUCCAAAGUUGACUACGCACUUGACAAUCGAGAAAGACGGUGUCGGCCAUCUAGACCAGAGCAAGGACGCGGUGAUUUAUUCGAUGGGAAAGAAGGGGUACUUUGCAUACAACAAAGAAAGUGGUGCAUUCCUAGGCAACUUGCAACCAUCCUUCUGCACCGAAAGAUACCACGUCCGCCCACCCCCGGCCACAUUCCCUUCUGCAGGCGCAGCUUUAGCUGGAGCCGCGCGACUCGGCCCAUCGCAUCGAUUUUUCCCACCGGGGACCCCAAGCAAGGAUGGGUUGGUACCAAUCAAGGUUGAGAAAGGCCCUCUGCCCUCGCCGAGUGACCCUGAGCACGUGAGAAACGAAGAGGAUGAAUGGGGAUCGGGUAUGAUUCACGGUGAUCUCUUUGUGGGUGUCUCUCGCGCUGGCCGUAUCUUCAUUUGUUCCAACUGGCGCAAGGCAGUCCACGACCAAGCCAGCCUCGCGGCCAACAGCUCUAUUCUUGAAUGUGAGUCAGAUGGUUCCAGCUUUGACCUUGGAGGUUGGUUAUCUCUCCGCAACCACCGAGUUAUGUUUGAGAUCCAGGAUCGCAUCUACAUCGUUGCUCUCGAUCACAACGACAAGAUUCAGGAUGUUGAUCAUCCCACCCGUGCUUCCUACUCUCUGCUUACCAGCUCCGCACCUCAACUUGCCGUUCCAAUCAGUUACAUGGCCCUAGCCGACGAUGCUAUCAUGAGCACCUACACUACUCUCGGCUGGCGCGACUCAACUCAACCAGGCGGUAUCCCUGCAGCCGCAGGUGCAAACCCAGCUCGUGUUUUCCCAACCAAGGCCAUCCGAAUCGUCAGCCUCGCCCCUGACCUUGUCAAUAAAGUCACUCCAAUCUCUGCCGAUGGAGCAGACCCUUCACCGUCAACCGAAGGCACGCAAAACCCCAGUCAGAACCCUCCCGGCCAAGGCACAUUUGGCUCGCAAGCAGGACUCUUGCAGUUGCUCAGCUUGCUUCGUGAUGAGGUCAUGGAAGAGGCAGACUUUGAAGAGUUCGCCGACGGCGAACUAGAUGACGAAUGGGAGAGCGUCGACGAAGAAGAAGAGGAUGAAGAAGAAGCCGGUGAUGAAUCCGAGAAUGCGCAUGCGCACGAGGGAGCCUAG